ACUUUUGACUCGUAAAAUUGAACAAAUUAAAAAUGAAUUGUGAUGAGAAAACAAUAAAACGUCCGAAAGGAGGAGCAGAAAAGGCUAGACUUAAAAGGUCACUUGGUAUAAUAGCUGCUAGAAAUGAUCCAAAACAAAAAAAAAUUUGUUUUUCAACUGCAAAACCAUUAGCUUUAAACUUUCAAUUUAACAUGGGUGAUUUUUCAAAAAAACUGCAUUAUUAAGUUAAUUAUUAAAUAUUAAAUCAUAUAAAUAAAAUUGAAUUAAUACAAAAUUAUUUUUAUUUUAACUAUUAGAAUUAAUUGAGACAUCUAGUGAAGCAUUGCAACCUGAUAACGUUGUAGUUGAGUAUAGCUCUACUUCCAGCCUUUCUACAAACAUUGAUGAGCUUAAUGAUAAUUCAUUUGAUACUAACAUAACAAACAUAUGCCAAACAGUUAUAGUUGAUCAGAGUUAUCCGAGUGAUGUGGAUACAAGAAGUAAGACACCUGAUAACGUUGUAGAUUCACUAAAUUAUUUUAGUAAACCAUUAACAAAAAAUUUGCAGUCAUUUUUUAAUUUUCAUCCUAAACAACCAUUAAGUGGCAUCACGUUUCAUCCUAUGAAGGCUUAUUUUCGAAAAGAAACAAAUUUAACGAUCAAACGAACGUGGCUUACUUAUUCAAAGUCUAACAAUUUAUUUUUCUGUACAUUUUGUUUAGCAUUUAGUGCUGAAGAUAAUCGGUUUACAAUAGGUUGUUUGGCUUCGUCAAGUAGUAAUUUGUAUACUAGAAUAAGCGAACACGAAAAAUCAAAAAAUCAUGAAAACAAUUUUGAAGCAUUUUUACUUAAUUCUAACAUGUCUGACAUUAACUCAAGAUUUACUAGUGGAAAGAGAUAUUAAGUUGAAAGAAACAAGGCGGUUUUGGAAAGACUAAUCGAUAUUAUAAAAUUAAUUGGUAAGCGAGGUCUAAGUUACCGUGGUGCCAAGGAUGCAGAAGCGGCAUACACAUUAAAUGAUCCUUCAUUAGACCACGGGAAUUUUUUAGAGAUGGUUAUGCUUUUAUCUAAAUAUGAUCCAAUUCUUAAAGAACAUACAGAUAGAGCUAUUUACAAAAGUCAAAAAUCUAAAAAUCGUCAAACUGUAUCUAGACCAGGCCGACCUGGUGGUCUGGUAACUUUUCUAUCAAAAACCACUGUAGAUUAUAUUAUAGAAAUAAUUGGAUCUUUAAUGAAAACAACUAUUGCUGAAAAUAUUAGAAAAGCGCCGUUUUUUACAAUACAAAUUGAUUCUACCCAAGAUAUUAAUGUGCAUGACCAGCUUGCAAUUAUUAUUAGGUUUGUGACUGAUGAUAUAAAUGAAAAACUAUUAGCUAUUGUUGAUUGUAAAAGCGAGAAAGGUAAAAAUCUAUGUGAUAUUGUGUGUAAAGCAUUGAAUAAUCUUAAUUUAGAUGUUAAAAACUGUAUUGGCAGCUCUACUGAUGGUGCAAGUAAUAUGCGGGGUCAAUACAAUGGUUUUUCAUCAUGGUUAAAUAAAGAAUCACCUGAGCAAGUACAUGUAUGGUGUUAUGCACAUGUGCUUAAUCUUGUUAUGAUUGAUACAACUCAAGUAUGCAAUGAAAGUACUACAUUAUUUGGUUUGAUAAAUUCAAUAGCGGUGUUUGUCAGAGAAUCAUAUCUUAGAAUAAACAAGUGGCAUGAAAAUAGCAAGUAUAAAUUUAUUUCUUGUAUUGGAGAUACACGUUGGUGGGCCAAAGACAGAUGCUUAACUAAAGUAUUCGGUACCUAUUUAAAUCCUAAUGAAUGCUUGUAUGUUGAAAUUAUACAGACAUUAAAUUAAAUUUAUGAAUCAAAUGGAUUUGCUCAAGAUGUGCGCUUUAAAGCAAAAUGUUUUAUUGAUGGUCUUUUAAAAUAUGAAACUGUCCUAACCGCACAUAUUUUUCAAGAAAUAUUUGUAUACACUACACCAUUAUCAUUAUAUUUACAGACAAAAGGAAUGAAUGUUGUACAUGCAUUUAGCAUGGUAAAAACAACAAUUAGUACUUUGCAGUCUAAAGCCAGAGACUUUAAUCAUAUUAAAGAUUUGACAAGGACAUUUAUUGAAUGGGCCAAUUGUAAAAUGGAUGACAUAAAAUUAGAAUACAAUAUUGAAGAAAAGUUUCCCAUGAAAAGAAUUAAAAAGAAAAGGAAGAUGCCGGGAGAAAUAGCUGAUGAUGAGGCUCAGACAGACCCAAUGCUAAAAUUCAAUAUUAAUGUAUAUAAUGUUAUUUAUGAUCAAAUAAUAACAAGUUUAAAAAAACGGUUUGAAACACAUAGUCAACUUUAUAACUAUAAUUCCAGAAUAUUUCACUAAUAAUUUACCAAGCACAGCCUUUGAAUGGAUUAGUAAAAAGCUUAGAAAAUUUGAUUCCAAUAUAAGUCCAGGAUCUAUACAGUCUGAAUUAAAAGAUUUUAUAGAAAAAUGGCCAAAAAUGAAAAACAUUGCUUCUGCUACAAUCACUAUAAAUGAUGACGAUGAUCAGGAAAACAAUGAGGAAGAUAAAAAUGAAGAGAGUAAUACAGCAUCUUCAACCAGUUUGUGUUUGAAAUUAAAUGAAAAUUUAGCUUGUAAAAAUUGCAUUAUUUGUUGCUUCCAAGUUCUACAAAAAUAUAAUUUACAUUCAAAUGCAUAUAGAAACUUGUAUAUGGCUUAUAAGUAUGUCUUAAUGCUUUCAUGUAGUCAAGUGAGAUGUGAGACCACAUUUUCAAAAUUAAAGUAUGUUUUAAAUAGACUAAGGAAUUGUUUAAGUCAAUCUAAACUGGAAACAUUUUUGAUUAUGUCUGUCGAAAAAGAUAUUUUAGUUAAUUUAAACAAUAAUGAAAUAAUAAACGAAUUGUCCAAAAAGAAUACAAAAAUGGCAAAUUUGUUGAAUAUGUAAUUUUAUUGUUUCAUUAAAAAAUAUUAUUAAUAAUAUUUAUUUAAUAAUAUUAAAAAUGUUAAGACAUACUUAUUGACUAUUGUUAUUAUUAUUUUUAUAUUAUAUUAUUAUUUUAUUUUGUUGUAUGUAUGAUAAUAUAAUUUAUAAUUAAGUAUUAUUAUAUACAUUACCUAUGUAUAAUGUAUUUAUGUGAAAGUUUAAUAUUGUCUAUAUUCAUUAUUAUAUUUAUUUAACGUCUUACAAUCAGUGGCUAAGGGGGCUUAACACCCUCUCUCCCUUGACCGUGUUGACCUUAAAUUUGUAUCAAGAAUAGUAAAAAGAAUAAAAAGUGUAAAUAAAAGACAUAA